AUGACCUGGCAGGGUACCCUGCUGGCAGCGUGCCUCCUCGCCCUCCCCUCCGUCAUGGCAGACUGCCUGUCCUCGUGUUCCCUGUGUGCAGUGAAGACCCAGGAUGAGCCCAAGCCCAUUAAUGCCCUGGUUUGCUCUCUGGAAUGCCAGGCCCACCUACUGCCCUCUGGGGAGUGGGGGAGAUGCCAGGAUUUCCUGUCUGCUUUCACCCCCUUCGCCCUUGGGCUCAAUGGCCAGGGGGCCUUGGAGAACAGGGCUGUUUUGGAAGAUCCCUACGGUGAGCUGGCUGAGCGUGCUGAAUCCUUCCUGAAGAAGCUGGAGAAAAUGAAAUCUCCCCCCACCACUCCGUCAAGGGAGGAUGCCCUGAGCCAGAAUCUGGAGGAGAAGCUCAGGGGACUCUUGGAGAGGUGCGAGGAGGGAGCAGAAUCUGAGCUGCUGGGGGAUGAGCAGGCAGAGGACGGCAUGAUGGAGGCCAGGGCGCUGGGAUCUGACGAGGAGGACCCCAAGGAGCAGGUCAAACGCUAUGGGGGCUUCCUGCGCAAGUACCCCAAAAGGAGCUCGGAGGUGGCUGGGGAGGGUGACGGGGAGGGGGCAGCAGCCCAUGAAGACCUGUACAAGCGCUACGGGGGCUUCUUGCGGCGCAUUCGUCCCAAGCUCAAGUGGAACAACCAGAAACGCUACGGUGGUUUCCUGCGGCGCCAGUUCAAGGUGGUAACUCGGUCUCAGGAAGACCCGAACGCCUACUCAGGAGAGCUGUUCAAUGUGUAG